GAAUAUCUCAAUCCUGAGCUCUCUCUCAAUUUUAGGGUUCUUCGUUCUCCCGCCAGGAUAGGGUUUUGAGAAUGGGCAAGAAGCAGCACAGCAAGGAUCGGCUCUUCAUCACACGCACGGAAUGGGCGACGGAAUGGGGAGGCGCCAAGGACAGGGACGUGCGCCUUCCGUUCAAGCGCCUUCCAUACUACUGCUGCGCGCUUACUUUCACGCCAUUCUCCGAUCCAAUGUGUACGAAAGAGGGGCACGUCUUCGAGCUCAUGCAUAUCGUGCCUUAUGUGCAGAAGCAUAAGAAGAAUCCUGUCACUGGCACUCCUCUCAGCUUGAAGGAUUUGAUCAAGCUAGAGUUUCACAAAAACGCAGAUGGAGAGUAUCACUGUCCUGUCCUUCACAAAGUCUUCACAGAAUUCACACACAUUGUUGCGAUUAAGACGACUGGGAACGUCUUCUCGUACGAGGCAAUCAAGGAGCUCAAUUUGAAGGCCAAAAACUGGAAAGAACUUCUAACUGAUGAACCCUUUACCAGGAACGAUAUAAUCACCAUUCAGGAUCCUAACCAGCUCGAGACAAAAGUUCUGUCAGAGUUCGAUCAUGUUCAAAAGGAAAUUAUUGUCGAAAGUGAAGAGAUGAGGAAGAUGAAAGAAGACCCGGAGUACUACAUCAACAUGUCCGAAGAUACCAAGCGUAUGCUGCGAGAUCUGGGAACCGAGAAAGCGAAACAAGUGGCAGACGAAGGUGGUGGUGGUGGUAAAGCUCAGACACAGCGUGCUGCCGCUCUUGCGGCUGUGAAAUCAGCUAAAGAGAUUCCUGAGGACACAACUCCUGCUCCAGCAAUGAGCAUUGUUGACAAAGCGUCUGCUGCUCUACACGGGAAAACUCACGCCUCCGCCAAAGCGCUGAGUGCAGAGAAGUCCGCUGCUCGUGUUGCUGCUCAUGUCGCCGGCGAGCGUGUGCCCGUUAACACGCAGCUGGUGAAGAGCCGGUAUUCGUCCGGGGCUGCUUCUCGAUCAUUAACUUCAACAACGUACGCUCCAGUGACGACGAACGAAGAGGAGUUUGUGAAAGCGGAAAAAAAUCCGAAAAAGAAAGGAUACGCCAAGCUUCAAACCACGCAUGGCGAGCUUAACAUCGAGCUGCACUGCGACAUGGCACCACGGACGUGCGAGAACUUCCUGACCCUUUGCGAGCGCGGCUACUACGAUGGUGUCAUAUUUCAUCGAAACAUCAGGAAUUUCAUGAUUCAAGGAGGCGAUCCCACAGGCACGGGACACGGAGGGAAGUCUAUAUGGGGAAAGCCUUUCAAAGAUGAGUUUCACUCCAAGCUGCAACAUUCCGGCAGAGGCAUACUAAGCAUGGCCAACAGUGGUCCUCACAGUAACGGUUCGCAGUUUUUUAUUCUCUACAAGUCGGCACCACAUUUGAAUCGCAAGCACACGGUGUUUGGCAACGUGGUGGGAGGCAUCGAAGCUUUGUCUAUUAUGGAUAAAGUUCCUGUAGACGAUGAGGAUCGUCCUUUGGAAGAAAUCAAAAUCCUGAAGGCUUCGGUUUACGUGAACCCGUACACAGAACCAGAGGAACCAGAAGAACAAAAACACAAAGCCGAAGAAACAGAGACGGAGAACGACAAGGUCGGAUCAUGGUACAGCAAUCCACCUGUAUCGACUGGCGGCGGAGUUGCCAAAUACCUUAAAUCAAGCGGGAAGCUAGCUUCGUCUCUACAUGCUGACAGCGAAGAGCUGCCAAGGAAAAAGAUCACUGCUGACUCUGGCGGAGUUGCAUUUAAAGACUUCUCCGGAUGGUGAUAUCAAACGCUCGUGACUAGAGCUUUGAUUCAUCCAUCUUCGUCUAAAUCGAGACUGGAAAGGAGUUUCUCGUAGAUUUGAGCGGCGAGGACCUCGCUCGGUAUGUCUGUAAAACUUUUCUGUAUUGACAGUAUAUUAUUCUCUCCCUCUUGCAAAAUUAUCUCCUCUAAAA